AUGGCUCCCUACAACCUGGCAAUCUUUUCGGUGGCUUCUGCUGCGGUAGAGGGGACGCAGCCCUUAAGGCAACUUCUGGGCGCCAACUCCACGUUCGUGGAGCAGGUCUACUUGGCUGGCUCUUUGCUGAGCUCCUGCUGUCUAGCCUGCGCCUUCAACGUUGCGAGUUAUCUUAUCAUCAAGCACAUGAGCCCAGUGGGCGCAACAGUGAUUGCAAAUGCCAAGACGCCGGCAACCAUCCUCACUUCUGUGCUUAUUUUUGGCAACACGGUCGGUGCCUUGCAGAUCCUUGGCUUCGUAGCACCUUGGCAAGAUUCAUUGCAGUCCAUAUGCACAGGUUUUCGUGCUUCCAUGGUUCCUGUGGAAACAGUGCCUACCCUUCUUCCUGCUACCAGCAACAACAACUACUACUACCACCAGCCCAAACACCAGUCCACUACCAGGCUAGCACCACCUCAACUACUGUUGCAUUAG